GGUUGGUGCUGGGAGGCUGCUGGGCUUGGGGCUGGUGCUGGACUUGGUUUGGUAGUUGACUCUGGGAGGAAUUACAAGUUUUUUUUUAAAGUUUGAAGUGUAUUUUUGUUAAUCCCAUCCGCGAAGUUGUGUUGGAGUUCAGUUGAGAUCAGUGUUUGUUUUACUCGCAUCUGAUGUAAAGUGAUGAACCGGAGAGUGAGGUUUCACUGAAGAGAGAAGAUGAAUUGGGGUCAACUGCAUUUUGUCCUUGGAGGUGUCAACAGGCACUCCACAGGCAUUGGGAAGAUCUGGCUUUCGGUCAUCUUCAUCUUCAGGAUCAUGAUUCUCGUGGUGGCGGCAGAGAGUGUGUGGGGAGAUGAGCAGUCGGACUUUGUGUGUAAUACUCUGCAACCCGGUUGCAAGAACGUGUGCUACGAUCACUACUUCCCCAUGUCUCACAUCAGGCUCUGGUGCCUCCAGCUGAUCUUUGUCUCCACGCCUGCCCUGCUGGUCUCUUUGCACGUUGCCUACAAACAGCAUGAAGAGAAGAAGGUGCUCCAGAAACGCCAGGGCUCCCUGUUGAGUAAGGAUGAUGCAGAGGCCCUGAAGAAACAGAAACUGCGAAUUGUCGGUGCUUUCUGGUGGACCUACACUACUAGUAUCUGCUUCCGGAUUGCUUUUGAAUGCGUCUUUACCUACAUGUUGUUCUUCCUCUACGGGGGGUUUCAAAUGACUCGCCUGGUUAAGUGCAGUUCCUGGCCCUGCCCCAAUGUGGUGGACUGUUUCAUUUCCAGGCCCACUGAGAAGACUGUAUUCAUCAUCUUCAUGGUUGUGGUGUCCGGGAUCUGCAUCCUGUUGAAUGUGGCCGAGUUGUUUUACCUGCUGGCAAAGGCUUGCCUGAGACGCUCCAACCAGAAGCCACAUCACCCCAACCACAUCUUCAGGAGCAAAGAGAACCAGCAAAAUGAAAUGAAUGAGUUCUUGUCUUCUGAUGCCAAGCGCCAAGUCUCUAGCUCAGAACUGAGCAAAAUUGGCUAAAGCGACCUAAAGAUGUACUGAAACUUGAGUAUUAAUUGAAUGUCUACACAAUUGUACAGUACUGCCAAUCAAUUGCUGUCUACUAACAUGGUGAAUGUGAAGCAAACAAAUCUGCCCCAACAUUUAAAAUUGUACAUUAUUCUACUUACACCUAAUCUAGUUUUAAUCCUAUCAAUAUAUGAAGACAGUAGCUAAACAUGAUGAACCCAGCUUCCAUACAUACUGCAAUUCACACUACAUUGUUGUGGUAUUUAAGUAUUUUAACACACUAAGAAAUUGUGCUGGUUGUAAAACUAACUGUAAUUAUUUAUUGAUAGUUUGUGUUUAAAUUGGGAUGUGACUGCCAGUGGACAAUCUCUAUUCCUUUUUUAAAAUUCCAUAGACUGCAUUGUUGGAUCUUUAAUUGCAACUGUUAUUUGAAGCAUUACAAUGUUUUUGUUAAAUCUAUGUAAAAACAAUACCACUUGGAACUAUUGGAAGGAGGGAAAAGCUGCUUUGCCCUAUGGCCACUGGGUGGUGCCAUUGCUCAUUUCAUUUUUGUUUUUUUAACUAAUAAAAUUUCACGUGAAAUUA